AUGGCUACCUUCCAGGAUCGUGCUCAGCACGCUAUCGCUCAGCUUGACAAGGAGCUCUCCAAGUACCCUGUCCUCAACAACCUUGAGCGUCAGACCUCCGUCCCCAAGGUCUACGUGAUCCUGGGCCUGGUCGGUGUUUACACCUUCCUGGUUUUCUUCAACAUCGCCGGUGAAUUCCUUGUUAACCUGGCCGGUUUCAUCAUCCCUGGCUACUACUCUCUCAACGCAUUGUUCACCGCUGGCAAGGCCGAUGACACACAGUGGUUGACGUACUGGGUUGUUUACGCCUUCUUCGCCGUCGUUGAGAGUGCUGUCUAUGCUCCUUACUGGUUCCCCUUUUACUACAUCUUCAAGUUCGGCCUCGUUCUCUGGAUGGCUCUCCCCCAGACCAACGGUGCCCAAGUCGUCUUCCACUCUUUCAUUCAGCCCGUUUUUGGCCGCUUCUUCGCUGGCGGAAACACCUCGGCCAACCUCCGCGCCCAGGCCGAUGCUGCUACCAAGGCCCAGUAA